AACUUACCGACCACCGUGGACGGUACGGAGAACCCCGUCCUGGCAUGUGUUUGCAUUAAGUCAGGUAGUAGUAGGCCGGAGUUUCGGCAGCUAAGUUUACUGUAAUAUGGUGCUUGCGCCGGAGUUUUCUGCUGUCAAGGAAAUCCCGCGGGUUACAGACGUAGUUGCGUUGUGUUGGGGAUCGGACUCUCCUUGUGUUGCUUGCUGUUGGUACGUAGCUCCAGAUCUUCUUUUAUUUUAUUUUUAUCUUUUUCCUUUAUUUUUUCCCCUUAGUUUUUCUUCUUCGGUAACAUGGGCCCCCAAGCAGACAAAUGACUGAAAUAGGUCUGGCAAAUUCCAAUCUUGAGAUGGCGCUUACUACCUACUUACCUACCUGUUUGCUACUAGCACUAGGUCGUUCGCAGAACAAAUCCCG